AUGGCGGAGGCGGCGGGCGCCGGCGGCAUCUCCGCCUGGCAGCUGCUCGUGUCAUCGGCCACUCCCACCAUUAUCGUCUGCCUGCUCGGUGCUGUCGGAGCGGCCAUGGCACGCAAGGGCGUGCUGGACGGCCCCGGCUGCCAGGUGCUGGCCCAGAUGUGUUUCUUCGUCUUCACGCCCGCCCUCACCUUCUCCAAAGUCGCCCAGGCCGUGUCGCUCGCCUCCCUCACCCGCCUCUGGCCGCUGCUCGCCAACAUGACCGCCUCUGCUGUCUUCUACCGCACCCUGGGGGAAGACUGCGAGCACCUGGGUAUCGCAUAUACCGCCUUUGACAUUGCUGCCGCCACCCUUUGGCAGUUCACCCUGGCAAUCAACCUGAUCCGGAGGGGGCGUGCUGCAGCGGAGGCGGCGGCAGCUGCAGGCGGCAACCCGGUCGUCGAUGGCGACGCAGCGGCAGGGGCAGCUGCCGGGCAGCUGCUGCCGGUGAGCAGCGAGCUGCGCAAGAUGCCCACCCUCUCGGAUCUGCUCAAGGGCAGGGGCGGCAGUCGGCUGGGCUCAGCCGCAAGCAGCCGGCCAGGGUCAGCCGACAGCAGCCCACGUGACCAUGAGCUGCUGCUGGCGCCCGACAAGCCGACGGGCGGCUCCGCGCUGGCGCCAGCGGUUUGCGGCACGGCGGCUGUUGGCCCCCAGGGUCGCAGCGCGCAGCAGCAGCAGCAGCAGCAGCAUGGCUCUGUUCUGGUAGAGCUGCAGCCCACGCCUGGUGCGGCGGGGCCAGGGCACCCGGCGCGCUGGCAGCCGCCGCCUCUAGAGCAGCGGCAGCAGCCGCAGUGGCAGGCCCAUGACUCAGCUCAGGAUGCAUCGCCAGAGGAAGACGACACGGCAGCUCUGUUGCGCCAUGAAUCAGGAGCAGGCUGGAGCAGCAGCAGCCGCGGCGGCAAGGCAGCACUAGACGCAGCGGCGGGAGAGGGAAGACAUGCGGGAGGAGGGGGAGCUGUUGGCGCGGGGCACGGCUGGCUGGGGCGCACCAGCACUUCCGCCUGGCGGUACCUGCGGGGCGUGGACUGGGCUGCCCUGUUCCCGCUGCCCUCGCAGGCAGCCAUCCUAGGCAUUGUGUGUGGCUGCAUCCCCGCCGUCAAGGGCCUGCUCUACUCGCCGCACCCGCCGCUGCGCAUGCUGAGCGAGGCGCUCGACGCGCUGGGCACAGGCCUCAUCCCCACAGCAAUACCGCUGCUGGGAGCUGUUCUCUACAGGCAGGCCGGCAGCCCUGCUGUUGUUUGGGGGAGCCAGGCGGGCAGGCUGGCAGGCACGCUGGCGCCGUCUGUGUCGCGGCUGCCGCGGCGCGUCACGCUAGCCGCGCUGUGCCUCAAGCUCGUCAUCCAGCCAGCCCUGCUCACCCUGCUGGUGACGUUGAUGGUUCUGUACCAGCACGGCGAGGCUGAGAUGAGCACGCUGCUGCAGUGGCAGUACCUGGCCUCUGUGCUCACGCUGCCCGCCUUCAUGUGGGCUUUCCUGCGCAUCAUCGCCGCCUGGCUGUAG